GGUCGGGAUCGGAGUAGGCGAUAGAUCACGUGACUGUGACGUCACAGUAGUGGUGUCGACCUUGGUUAGUAUCCGAUCCGGUGAAGAUUAUGUCGAUGUUUCGGACGGUAUCCUCUCGUCUGCUCCGCCAGCACAAGUGCGUGCAUCCAGCAUGCUUCUAUGGAACACAGACUUCUUCAUCGUCAACAAACCUUAAAGAAGUCUUGACGGUAAAAAUUCCUGAAAAACAACAGGAAGUGAUUGCAUUCCGCAAAGAGCAUGGCAAAACCAAGGUCGGGGAGGUCACAGUGGACAUGAUGUACGGAGGGAUGAGAGGAAUCCGGGGACUGGUCACAGAAACAUCUGUCCUUGACCCCGAUGAGGGUAUACGUUUCCGUGGUUACAGUAUCCCAGAAUGCCAGAAACUGCUUCCGACGGCCAAAGGAGGAAAGGAACCUUUACCAGAGGGCUUGUUCUGGCUGCUAGUGACCGGGGAUGUCCCGACCCAGCAACAAGUGGAGGCCAUCACUAAGGAGUGGAAUGAAAGAUCUCCUCUCCCCAACCAUGUGAUCACCAUGCUGAAUAACUUCCCCCACAAUCUCCACCCCAUGACCCAGUUUAGUGCCGCCAUCACCGUUCUGAACAGCGAGAGUAAAUUUGCCAAGGCUUACUCAGAAGGAGUCAACAAACUGAAGUACUGGGAGUACGUUUACGAGGACUCAAUGGACCUAAUCGCCAGGCUGCCCACCAUUGCUGCCAUUAUUUACAGGAACCUGUACCGCGCCGGGACCUCCGUCGGUGUUGUAGACAUGGACAAAGACUGGAGCUACAACUUCACAAGCAUGCUGGGAUACGAUGAGCCCGAUUUCACUGAACUCAUGCGUCUUUACCUCACCAUUCACAGUGACCACGAGGGGGGUAAUGUGAGUGCCCACACCACCCACCUGAUCGGUAGCGCCCUCUCUGACCCCUACAUCAGCUUUGCCGGGGGAAUGAAUGGCCUCGCUGGACCUCUCCAUGGACUGGCCAAUCAGGAAGUCCUCGUCUGGUUGACUCAGGUCCAGAGAGAAUUGGGAGACUCUGUGUCCGACGAAAAACUCCGUGACUUUGUCUGGAACACGCUACAGUCAGGAAAGGUGGUUCCUGGGUACGGUCACGCGGUGCUGAGGAAGACAGACCCCCGCUACAUGUGUCAGAGAGAGUUCGCUCUACAGAAACUUCCCAACGACCCCAUGUUUAGACUUGUCUCUCAGCUCUAUAAGAUUGUCCCUGAUGUCUUGUUGGAGCAAGGAAAAGCCAAGAACCCCUGGCCUAAUGUUGAUGCUCACAGUGGGGUCUUACUGCAGCACUAUAAGAUGACCGAGAUGAACUACUACACAGUCCUGUUCGGAGUUUCCCGCGCCCUCGGAUGUAUGGCCUCCUUAAUCUGGGACAGAGCUCUUGGACUGCCGAUUGAACGUCCCAAGUCGUUCGAUACCCCCUCACUUAGGAAACUAGCCAGCCAAGCUGCCAAGUGAUGGACUAAUUAAUCAAUUAACAAUACAGGGAGUGAUUGGGGGGGGGGGGGGUGUAAGGCCUAUGUUUGAUAGGAAUUGUUAAUGUAUUUUGUUAACUCUUCUUUGAUAUUUAUCUGUGUAAAGCUGUACAUUUUCUGUUCUUUUGAUAGUGUCUGCAACAAGGUAUGGAACAAUCUGAUAAUGUGAAUAUUUACAAUGAACUAGAGAACCUGUGUAUGUCCCGUUUGUUCAGUAAAUGGAUGUAGAUUACCAAUCAGUCUGUAUGCAGUGUUUGUUGAUUUGUGGCUUUAUUGGCAGCAGUCUCUACACACCAUGGCUAUUUAUUGGAAUUCACGAUCUCAGGACAAAGAUGUUAACUUCUUCGGAUGUAAUGAAUAACCAUGAUGUGUGUCGGCUGUGCUAUCUAUCAAAAUCAGCUUAUGUGCCAUGUAAUACAGAGUCAUCUUGUAGCUUAACAUUAAUUUACUAAUUAAAAGAGGACAUACUUUUACAUAAAUAUGCAGAUUAUCAUUUUAAGUUAACAUUACCAUCCCUAUAGUGAUAAUGAUGUGAUUAUGAAAGAAGAAAAAACUUUAAAAAG